AGAAUUAAAUUUCUAGAAGCUUUUGGGUUCAAUCUUUCUGUAUAAAUUGGCCUACAAUUGUUUGGGUUUUUAUCCAGACGCACAAAGAGUGAGUGUAGCUUCUUUUCUUGAUCAUAUACACAAACCCUUUGUUUUAUAUUAGCAAAUGGCUGAGAAAUCAGCUUAUGAGCCUCUUCUUGAAAAAGGGAGAAAAAAUUAUGAUUAUGAGAAAACACCCUUGUUCUUAUCAUGCAUGAAAUGGGUUCUCAAGAUUAUAAUGUGGGUGAUCUUUGUUUUGUGGGCUACUGUACUAGUUAUCUACCCUCUGGAAUUGGGUGAUCAGUUUUUCUUGAAAUGGAUUGAUGCCACUUCUCACACUUUAUUUGGAAUUACAGGAAGUAUUUUCCUGCUAUUUGGUGGUCCACUUUUUUUGAUUGCAUUUCUUGCUAUAGUGCAAGUUGCCAUCUUUAAGAAAGAGGAGGUUCAGGAGAAACCUGCAUCAAAGAAGGCGCGAUUUCGCUUAUGGACAUUCCCUGUGAUUGUAGACGGUCCGUUUGGUGUUGUUUCUGCUGGGGAGUUUAUUGGAAUUCUUGCAUUUUCUGUGUUUAUAAUCUGGAUUGCUUCUGUUUUUAUCAUAAAAGACAGCAACAGCAGCUCAGUAUCUGCAAUUCAGUCCUUGUGGGAGAAAAGUGUAUUGAUGCUAGAAAUCACAGGACUCCGCUUUGGAUUGAUUGGAUUAUUCUGCCUGGCAUUUUUGUUUUUGCCAGUUUCAAGAGGAUCGAUACUUCUUAGACUUAUAGACAUCCCUUUUGAGCAUGCAGCCCGGUACCAUGUUUGGUUGGGACAUUUAACUAUGGUGAUCUUCAGUCUUCAUGGCCUAUUUUAUGUGAUUGCUUGGACAAUGAAGGGGACUCUCAUACAAGAAUUACUGGACUGGAAAAAUAUUGGAAUUGCCAAUCUUCCCGGGGUUAUCAGUCUUUCGGCUGGUCUACUAAUGUGGGUGACAUCUCUUCCUCCGGUCAGGAGGGUACAAUUUGAGCUAUUCUUCUACACGCACCAACUAUACGUAGUCUUUGUUGUCUUCUUGGCUUUGCACGUUGGCGAUUUCAUAUUCAGUAUAGCUGCUGCAGGGAUAUUUCUUUUUAUGCUCGAUCGGUUUUUAAGAUUCUUUCAGUCCCGAAGUACUGUUGACAUAGUUUCCGCCAAAUGCCUGCCUUGUGGAACAGUGGAACUGAUCCUUUCAAAGCCAGCAAGUCUCCACUACAAUGCACUCAGUUGGAUUUUUGUCCAAGUUCGAGAACUAUCCUGGCUGCAGUGGCAUCCUUUUAGUGUAUCCUCUAGUCCUCUAGACGGUAAAUAUCAUAUAGCUAUUCUCAUAAAGGUCCUCGGGGAUUGGACAGAAAAACUCAGAGGACUUAUCAUGAAUAUAUCGGAUCAAGAAAAUCAAAAGAAAGCACUCUUGCAGCCUUAUCGUAGCAUCACAGCUUCGGUAGAGGGACCUUAUGGUCAUGAAUCGCCAUACCACUUGACGUAUCCAAACCUUAUUUUGGUAGCAGGUGGAAUCGGAAUAUCUCCAUUUCUAGCUAUUUUGAAUGAUAUCCUCCACCGUAUCAACGAGAAUAAACCUUGUUCCCCGAGAAAAAUCUUGAUAGUUUGGGCUGUGAAAAAAUCAAACGAGCUUCCGCUUCUCCAUUCAGUUGAUAUGGAAUCGAUGUGUCCACGUUUCAGUGAUACACUGAAUCUUGAAAUUCAAACUUAUGUCACUCGUGAAUCAGAACCUUCUCUGGAAGAGGGUGCAGUUCAUAAGUUGCAGGGCUCUUCUGUCUUCCCUAUCCCUAGUGGAAGCGCAAUGUCUGUGUUGGUUGGCACUGGACAUAUUAUAUGGUCUGGAAUAUAUCUUAUAGUGCCGACAAUCGGCUUGGUGAUUACGUUGGGAUUAUUAAAUAUCUUUUACAUUAAUCCUUAUAGUAUAUCUUAUUGGUGGUACAAAGGGCUUCUGUUUAUAGCAUGCAUGGUUGCAAGUGUUGUUAUCUUUGGAGGAGCUACUGUAGGUUUGUGGAAUUAUUGGGACAAAAGUGUGUCAAAAAUGGAGGUGCCGGAGGAUUUUAAGAAGGAUAGCAUACAGUCUCAUCAGACUGGAAACCAUGAGACUUCAGAACAGGAAAACUUUACCAGUACCAUCCGAUAUGGCGUAAGACCAGACUUCAGAGAUAUUUUUGGAUCCAUAUCGGAGAAAUGGGGAGAUGUUGACAUUGGUGUGAUUGUUUGCGGCCCUCCAACUCUUCAGACAAGUAUUGCUAGAGAAUGCAGGGGACAAAAUAUCAACAGGCAAAAAAAUCAUCCAAUUUUCCAUUUUAACAGCCAUAGUUUCGACCUAUAACUACACAAAAUAGCUACAUAUACAUAUAUGAAGAAUGUAGAGGGGGGCGAUAGUAUAGUUUAUGCAUAUAGAAUGAAUCGCUCUCCUUUCCUACAUAUUAAGAAAUCCGCAUAUCCUAAAUGGUUCUCGUGCAUUAUCAUCUCUAAAGCGAAUGCUGUACAUUGUUAAGGAGCAGAAACAACUCUGUCAAGCUCUUCUGCUCAAGCCAGCUCCGCUGAGGUUAGCGAGAGCAUAUAGCGUGAUGCAUAUGAAGCCUACUAGCAUGUAUGUACAGUGUACAGAAUCUGUGAGCUUCAGUUUGAAGGCUCACCGUUAUCAUGUAAUCAUCCUAAGGGAUUUCUUUAUAUGUUCAACUAGUAGCUGCAAAUUACAUUUCA